UCUUUCACCCGGUUGUGGUGGUUCUGCGCUACGAGCUCCAUCAUGACGGCGCGCAGAGUCUUCAGUCCUGUCCGCCUCACAGCCACUCGCUGGCGGCAAACAGCCCUACUUCAGCUCGAGGGAGCGCGGAGCCUGAAGGCACAAACCAGCGACUUGAACGUGCAGGCCGUCACCGCUGAACCGGGGAAGCUGAAGACCAUCGAGGACCUUCCAGGGCCCAGUCUGGCCACUACCGUUUACUGGCUGUUCGUAAAGGGCUACGCGGAUAAGAGCCAUGCGAUGCAGUUGGAGCAUAAGCGGCUGUAUGGGCCAAUCUGGCGCUCGCGUUUCGGGCCAUUUGAUGUGAUCAAUGUGGCCACAGCAGAGCUCAUCUCACAGGUGAUCCGGCAGGAGGGCCGUUACCCAGUGCGCACAGCACUGCCUCACUGGAAGGAGUACAGAGAAAUGAGAGGCCAGGCUUACGGGCUUCAUGUUGAUACGGGUCCUGAGUGGUACCGUAUGCGCAGCGCCUUGAACCCGAAGAUGCUGAAGCUGCGUGAAGCAGCUGCAUUUGCACCGGUCAUUCAUGACGUGGUGACGGACCUGCUAGAUCGUCUGGAGAGACUGCGUCUGCGCAGCCAGGACAAGAACACUGUGAAUGACCUCGCCUCUGAGCUCUACAAGUUUGGCUUUGAAGGAAUUUCCUCAAUCCUCUUUGAGACGCGCUUGGGCUGCCUGCAGGAAGAAAUUCCCACAGAAACGCUCCGUUUCAUUGCUGCGGCCAACAAUAUGCUGACCCUUUCGGAGACCGUGCUGUUUUUUCCUCGCUGGACCCGCAAAAUCUUUCCCUUCUGGAAGCAGUUCAUCCAGGCCUGGGAUGAUCUCUACAGCGUGGCCCGGCUUUUGAUUGACAGGAAGGUGAAGCAGAUGGAUGAACAGGUGCAGCAGGGUGAGAAAGUGGAGGGCAUGUACCUCACCUAUCUGCUGUCCAGUAACAAGCUCUCCCUGGCUGAGGUGUACAUCACCAUCACUGAGCUGCUGCUGGGAGGAGUUGACACAACAUCUAACACCAUGUCCUGGACAUUGUAUCACCUUGCCCGAAAUCCAGAGAUCCAGAAGCACCUGUAUCAGGAGGUGGUGUCCAUGUGUCCAGACAAGCAGAUGCCCACUACAGAGGACUUGACCAGAAUGCCCUACCUGAAAGCCAUCAUCAAGGAGACACUCAGAUUGUACCCUGUUGUCCCUGGUAACGGACGCCUCACCCUCGACAACGAAGUCAUCGUGGACAAUUACUGGUUCCCUAAAGGGACGCAGUUCCACCUGUGCCACUAUGCAGCGAGUCAUGACGAGAACGAGUUCCCUGAUCCUGAGUGCUUUGUCCCGGAGCGCUGGCUGAGGGGGGUGCCGUCCCGCUCCCAACACCACCCCUACAGCUCCAUCCCAUUCGGGGUGGGAGUGCGGGCCUGCGUGGGUAAGAGGGUGGCCGAACUGGAGAUGUACUUUGCUUUGUCCAGGCUGAUGCAGCACUAUGAAGUUCGUCCUGUAGAUGAAACUCCUAACAUACAGCCUAAAACCAGAACGCUUCUCAUUCCCUCUAAACCAAUCAACCUGCGCUUCAUCCCCAGAGCCUGAGGAAUUCGGCAGAGGGAACGUGUGGAUCUGGUGAAUCCAUCAAGAAUAAUCGGGAAAUCCUAAACAUUAGCUUGCAUUUCCGCUCCAGUGGUAUCUGUGCUUGUCCACACUGUCUCUUAAGCCUUUAGUGCUGACAUGACUAUGUGACUCACUAAAACAAAGACAUUGACACUGUAACUUUAAUUGUAAUUUUAAGACUUUGCACUCUUCUUGUCUAAGAAACAGGCCCUACUUGCCUAACUACAUAGUCAAGACUACAUGACAUGACAACAUGACAUUUGCUGAGAGUGUAAUCUGUAAUCAAGUAAUCUGUGUGCAGACAUACAGAACCUGUCAAACAUUUGAACACCAUGUGAAUGUGUGUUUUUUUCUGGUCUUAGAGAUUUUGAUCUAAAAGUUAUACUUGAAAUUUUAUUGUAAAAAUAUCAAAUGUAAAGUUGAAUGUACAGGGCUGUGAUAGAAUCAGAGACCCUUCACUUAUUGAAUUUCACUUAAAUAGUCAAAAUGUUUAUUUUUCAGCAUUAAGUAAAAAAUAUAUAUAUAUUUAACAGAAAAUGACAGACGCCUCAACAGCAAAAUGUCCUUUUUAGCACUUAGUCUGUCCACACUUUACCUUUAUUACAGCUUCAGUUCUUUUUAUGAGACUUGCUUUCAGUUUUUUAAAGAAAUCUUGUGUUUAAGCUCACUGAAACUAUAAAUGUACAUGUUCAGACGUACAUGUGCUCCGGUGCAUUGUUCAAGUGCACUGUACUAAGGUCGCAUUAGAAUUUAGCUCUAAAAUAUACCGGUUGUGCCUUAAUGUUUUUUCUGUGAAGUAAAUAUAUUUAUGAUUUUACUAUAUAGGAUAUUACUGGCUACAGAAAUGUGUGCUAGCUCAUUUAUUAUGUAUUAUAAGAAUAGGUUUCUUUAGAAAUGCAGCAAUGGCAGUACUUUCUAUGCUUUGUAAUACGUUCCUGUGCAUUGCAUAUAAAAGCAACUACACGUUGGUAAUAGUCUGUAUGGACAUUGUCAUUGAAUGUAAGCGACUUAAAAAAAUAAAGAAAUGUCUAACUUUACACAAAGAGAAUAAACUUUGAUUAUUCUAAGAAGCCUUAA